GGGUGACAGAUUCAUCCCAGUCAGGUCCGCAAUGGAUUUCGAUGUGGCCAAUCUCUUGCUAACAACGCAAGAGAUAAAAAAAGAUAGGUCUUCGCGGUCGGAUUAUUACCAGAAGCUUCUUUCAGAAUGUUUCUUAAACAAUAGGACCCGAAUAUUUGUGUUCAAGAGCAAGCCCCCAGCACCAGUUAAUGAGAUGUUUCAAGAAUACUUGGGUUCUUCUUGUAAGUCUAGAGUAGUGAAGCAGUGGAGGCACAUACCAAAGAAUGCAGAGAGGACGUUAGAUGCCCCAAAUAUGAUAGGUGAUUACUGUCUAAGUUUGCUUGAUUGGGGGAGCAGCAAUGUCCUGGCAGUUGCCCUUGGGAGCACAGUAUAUCUGUGGAAUGCCUCUAAUAGGUAUUGUUCGGAGCUUGUGAGUGUUGGAGAUGAUGGGCCUAUCACUAGUGUCAGCUGGUCUCCAGAUGGGCAGGUGCUCGCCAUUGGCUUAAAUAAUUCUCAGGUCGAGUUGUGGGAUCCAAGAGCUAGCCAAAGGUUGAGAACUCUGCGACGGGCUCACCGAUUCUGUGUUGGAUCAAUGGCUUGGAAUGAUAAAAUUCUGACGACCGGAGGAAUGGAUGGUAGGAUUUGCAAUCAUGAUGUGAGAGUGGAAAACCGCAUUCUUCAGAACUAUAGUGGACAUACACAUGAAAUCUGUGGCCUAAAGUGGUCAC